GACACCAGUUAACAGUCAGCCAUGGCCAUAUUUCUGCAUGAAGAUGUCGUCAACCUUCUGUGGAACAAAUUUGUCGUCAUCAUAGGCGACUCCAUUCAGCGAAGCAUUUAUAAAGAUUUGGUAUCACUUCUUCAGACAAACACCUACUUGUCUGAAAAUAGCCUCAAGAAGAAGGGCGAGCUGAGCUUCAUGGAUGACGUCCUGAUCGAGGGGGGCAAGAAAGAGGAGAUGAGCAACGGCAUCAACUACAGGGAAGUCCGACAGUACAAAACAGACUAUCACCUCGUCAGGUUUUAUUUUGUUACAAGAGCAUACAACAAAUACGUGGAGACCAUCUUCAUUGAUUUGGCCAAGGAGCCAAAGCCUGACGUGGUGUUGAUGAAUUCCUGCCUGUGGGACAUCUCCCGCUAUGGUCCCAACAGCAUGAAGGCCUACAAGACCAACCUGGAGAAGACCUUCUACCGGAUGCAGAAGACGCUGGAGCCCGACUGCCUGUUCCUCUGGAACACGGCACUGCCCGUGGCCAACAAGAUCCGGGGCGGCUUCCUCCUGCCUGAGCUGGAGUUUCUGUCAGAGACGCUGCGGCUGGACGUCAUGGAGGGCAACUUCUACGCCAAGGAGCUGGCCUCGGCCUUCGACUUUGACGUGCUGGACCUGCACUUCUACUUCCGCUUCCAGCUGCACCGACGCGUAGCAGAUGGUGUGCACUGGAACCACCAGGCCCACCGGCGGAUGUCCAACCUGAUCCUGAGCCACAUCUCGGAGGCCUGGGGGCUGAGCGUGCCCCGUCGCCUGGAGGCGUGGCAUCAGCCUCCAAGCGUACCUCCACAGAGUCCCGUUGUGUUUGACAUCACCGAGACCAACUUCCACACCGACAUCGCCCUCAGCGCACCGCCUCAAGCUCCCCGUGCAAGAAGAAACAGCCUCGGGGACGACUGGGGUAACGUAAACCAGUUCAUAGAUUUUGACAAAGUUGCCUCGCCCAAAGAAGACCCAACCUGCAAAAAUCCUGCAUCAAACACAACCACUAGACCACCGACCCCAUCCAGUAAUAACAAAGUAGAGAAACAUCCUGCCCCGACCCCACCCAUGCCGAUCAACUCCAUUUGCUGCAAUGCAAAUGCCUCAAAUGGCCCCAUGCGACCCGCUGCCCAGCACAGACAGGCAACGCGGUACAACCCAUAUGGUGGCGGGCACACUGGGGGUUUAAACAUGGGCCAUGGUGGGAGAUACAACAGCGGUCCAGGGGGCCCUUGGAGAGCUGCACCCUUCUGGAAAGAAUUGGAGGACAGGCGAAGACAGCGUAUGGAAUGGGAAAGACAGCAGCAAGUCAAUUGGAAUGGUUUUUGUUACUAGACCAAGGAUACAGACACCUACUAGCACAUGGCAACUUUCCCCUCAAAAUCGUGCCCAAGCUGCUGAGACAGCAUUCCCAUUCCAUCGUGUACAUAUAUACAGAUAUCCACGACUAUGGUUAAAAAAAUAUAUGCUUUUUUUUUUGAAAAAAUUCCCCACCUUCCCAGUAAGAUGGUUGUGUUUGAUGCAGUAUAAGUGUAGGGUUUGGGCUGUCUUGGAGUUGUCCAUAUUCAUCAUUUGGUGGCAGAAAAAAUGCAUGUCACAUCUAAGCCAUUGGUUGGUAAACUGUGGCCACUAUGGGGAAACACAGUCAGCAGAAGUGGCUUUUUCUAGUGAAUGAGACAUGAGCGUCACAACAGCUUAAGAGGACUCGACCGAGUGAUGUAAUGGAAACUUAGGAAAGCAGGGUAUGUGAAAUCAUGUUUACUGCCACUUGUUGACCUUUGGAUAGACUGUAUUCGCUGAUGCGGCAAUAUGGAAACUGGACUUGUUACAAAUCAGGUUAAUACUAUUUAAAAACACUAAAAGAGAGACAGGGUAUUCAUGCAAGAUUAUUUCACAGUAUUUUUUUUUAACAAAUGUUGAGGUGUUUUCAGUUUGUUUUGUGCCUAAUUUUUAACCUUUCAUUUUGAAGUCUUUUGCAGCUGUGAGUCUACCUCCAUCCUCCAUUCCAUUGAGUUUAUUUUGUUAGUUCACACAGUUGAGCCUGAAAAUUGACAAGUUUCAAGUUAACUGUUUUGAAACACUCUGAAGUUGAAGUUAAAAAGAGUGUUGUACACUCAGGUAUGGGCCAUUCCAUGAGGUUGGGGUAUAAUUCAUGACGGCGUUCGUGUUACAUCCAGAACUUUUAACAACCUGUCAUGACCUGUAGGGUUAGGUCAUUUACCCUGCAAAAAAGAACGCACACCUCUGUAUUCGGCCUUGCAAGAUGUAUAACAAUGUCAAUUUGGAAUCCAAAUGCCGGGAAAUAACUGUUCAUUUUUACAGAACCUUUGUAACAGUUGACACCGUCACAAAAGGUGGCCCAACCUCAUGGAAUGACCCGUAGAACUUGCAAAUGCAGUUAUUCAAGUUCAAAUUCAUUCAGCAGUGUAUUCCUGAUCUACCUCAGCUUUGCCAAAACAAACUGUUUUCCACUGUAUAGUUCGCCUUCCCGUAUUUGUAAAGCGAGUUUUAUUCACUCAACCAAAGAUGAGUUUCCUAUGCCGUGAACUCACACGCUGCCUUUACAUUUUUGUAAUAUUCACAAAAACUUUCAUGUACCCAAUUUCCUCCAGGUCAGUUGUGUUUUUUUGUACUCUUUCGGACUCAUGUAUUGAUGAUUUUUCCAACGCCAAAGAAUGCAAGUGUGAUUGUUAAAUAUGUAGUCAGUGUUUUGUAAAAAUACAUUUCAUUUAAAAAGCGGGGGGGGGGGAAGUGAGACCAACAGAUAUCGUGUGCAGAAGAAAUAUAAACAACAGUUUUUUUUAUACAUGAAAAGUAUUUAGCGUUUGAUUCGUGUUUGUGACUUGCUCUGUCAGAAAGAGGAAUAUGUUGUGAUAGGAAUUAUGGAUGUAAACAUUUUGUUUAUAAAAUGAGAACCAGAAAUAUCAGUGCCGUGGAAACCUUUGAAAUGACAAACACACUCCAAUUUUCUUUUUUAAAUUUCACCAUAAGCGUAUCCAUUUAUUCAGACAGUGAUUUUUCAUUAUUACCCGGAAAGACAUAAAUGUGUUUCACAGGUGGUUAACUUGUAAUUAUUCUAUUGAAACAGCCAGUGUGUGAUUCACAUGAAAGCACAUUGAAUUAUGAUGUCAACAGUUAUUUCGCAACAGUAACCUUUGCCAUGACAUGCAGACUGACAAUUUGCUUGGACGUUUCAAAACUUGGCAUUAGCCCUGACCCUGCCAGACACAGCACAUGCUUAGUGCUUUUACUUGGCAGGGUGCAUGUGAUCUGCACGUGUGCAAUGCCACAAGGGUUGUGUAGUGUAGGCGCUGGACUAACGAGGGCAGUAGUGCUUGCAUGGCAGCCCUGGCUUUCUCCUCACCGGUGUCAGGGGGAGGUAAAUGAGCACAGAGCCCGUAUGAGUGGGCUUUAAAUUAUUCAACAAUUCAACAAACCUGCUUGAAAAUGACAUCUUUACUAUCUUGUUUUACUACACAGACUUUAUUUUUUGUUUCCAUGCACACAUCAGUGUAUUGCACUAAACCAGAAAAG